AUGCAAUUAAACACCAUGCAAGUCCUCCUCCUUUCCAGCCUCUCCGGUAGGGCCUUCGCCGCCUCUGGUUCUGGCCACUCGACUCGCUUCUGGGACUGCUGCAAGCCUUCUUGCGCGUGGUCCGGCAAGGCUACCGUCAACAAGCCGGUCCGGACCUGCGACAAGAACGACAGCCCCCUUGGUGACCCAAACAUCCAGAGUGGAUGCAACGGUGGCACAGCCUUUACGUGCACAAACAACUCCCCGUGGGCCGUCAACGACACCCUCGCAUACGGGUUCGCUGCCACCGCCAUCACCGGCGGAACCGAGUCUAGCUGGUGCUGUGCAUGCUAUUCGCUCAAGUUCAUGUCUAGCACUGUCGCGGGAAAGACUAUGGUGGUCCAGUCGACCAGCACGGGGGGCGACCUAUCCAACAACCACUUCGACCUCAUGAUGCCCGGCGGCGGCGUAGGUAUAUUCGACGGCUGCACGCCCGAGUUUGGCGCCAUCCCCGGCGACCGCUACGGUGGCGUGUCGUCGAGGGACCAAUGCAAUCAGAUGCCGGCGAAGCUCAGGGCUGGUUGCUUCUGGCGGUUCGACUGGUUCUCGAAUGCGGAUAAUCCAGACUUUACGUUUGAGCAGGUAAAGUGCCCGUCGGCGCUGACUGCCAUUACGGGUUGUGUGAGGAGCGAUGACUCGAGGUUCCCGGAGGCACCGUGA